AACAAAAAACCAAAAAUGGGUAAUUCCAGUUCCAUUUGCGCCGAGCGCAAUGCCAUAAGGAAUUUUGAUGAAAAUGGCACGCCGGUAUACCCCACAGCCAACAAUUCCCAGAGUCCUUCCAAUGGCCAAAUAACGCCACUGCACACACACCACAACCACGGGAAAGAGCGGGAGCACGGCUACUACAAGACCACAAUUCCCGUUGGAAGCUCGCUCAGCGGCAGCACCAAUAAUGGCGAGAGCAGCAAUGGCUGCUCUCACUGCCAAACCCGAACAGCUGAUGUCCACCUCUCUCCCACCAACAAUAACAACAACCACAACAAGAAUGCACACACCCAACUCACGGAGAGCCAGAGCUGUGGUUGUAGUAGUCGUGUGUGUAAAAAUCAUACGACUACAACGACAACCACACUCGAAUACGAACUUUCCAAUUUCGCAAAACUAACGACACGAAUCACAACGCAAAGUUCCGCCGAAGUCGCAACAUCGACGGAUACGGGAACGGAUAGGGAUACAAGCUCGAAUCCGAAUACUCAUACGGAUCAGGGUGAUAUAGCCACUGUCAGCGAUUUGCCCAAGGGUCUGCCGUUAUCCUCGCGACAUCACUGGAACCAACUGCAGCGCAGCCUGCACGCCCUCCACCACCAACAACAACAACAACAACAGCAACUACGUUCUUACAGUAGCGAUAGUCGUACAAAUUUGGAAGACAACAUGAGUAAUCCCGUGACAAAUCUGGAUAAGUACGCCCAGCGCGAUCGCCUGGGAAUUUGGGGAACUGGCGACAACGAAGUCGUCGGCAGCAUCUCCGGAUUCGCACGACUUUUCGACAAGCGCUACUCAAAGGGCCUGGCUUUCACGCACGAGGAACGCCAGCAGUUGGGCAUCCAUGGCCUGCUGCCCUACGUGGUGCGGGAGGCGAAUGAGCAGGUAGAGCACUGCCGCGCCCUCCUGGAUCGGCUGGACCAGGACCUGGACAAGUACAUGUACCUGAUCAACCUGUCCGAGAGGCACGAGAGGCUUUUCUACAAGGUCCUGAGCUCCGACAUCGGCCACAUGAUGCCUUUGGUGUACACACCCACCGUGGGAUUGGCCUGCCAGCGUUACAGCCUGAUCUACCAGUCCGCCAAGGGCAUGUUCAUCUCCAUCAAGGACAAGGGACACAUCUACGAUGUGCUGAAGAACUGGCCGGAAACGGAUAUCCGUGCGAUUGUGGUCACGGAUGGUGAGCGCAUCCUGGGAUUGGGAGAUCUGGGCGCCAACGGAAUGGGCAUCCCCGUGGGCAAACUGUCCCUGUACACGGCUUUGGCCGGCAUCAAGCCAUCGCAGUGCCUGCCCAUCACCUUGGAUGUGGGCACCAAUACCGAGACCCUGCUGGAGGAUCCCCUUUACAUUGGUCUGCGCGAGCGUAGGGUCACUGGAGCCGUCUACGAUGAGUUCGUGGAUGAGUUCAUGCACGCCUGCGUGCGUCGCUUUGGCCAGAACUGCCUGAUCCAGUUCGAGGACUUUGCCAAUGCCAAUGCCUUCAAGCUGCUGUCCAAGUACCGCGACUCCUUCUGCACCUUUAACGAUGAUAUCCAGGGAACUGCUUCGGUGGCCGUAGCUGGACUGCUGGCCUCGCUGAAGAUCAAGAAGACCCAGCUGAGCGAUAACACCCUGUUGUUCUUGGGCGCCGGAGAGGCGGCUCUGGGUAUUGCCAACCUGUGCCUGAUGGCCAUGAAGGCCGAGGGUCUGUCCGAGGAGGAGGCCAAGACCCGCAUCUGGAUGGUGGACAGCCGUGGUGUCAUCGUCCGCGAUCGCCCAAAGGGUGGACUCACCGAGCACAAGCUGCACUUUGCCCAGCUGCACGAACCCAUCGAUACCUUGGCGGAGGCGGUGCGCAAGGUGCGUCCCAAUGUUCUGAUCGGAGCUGCUGCCCAGGGUGGGGCCUUCAACCAGGAGAUCCUGGAGCUGAUGGCCGACAUCAAUGAGACCCCUAUCAUCUUUGCCCUGUCCAAUCCGACCAGCAAGGCGGAAUGCACCGCCGAGGAGGCCUAUACCCACACCAAGGGUCGCUGCAUCUUCGCCAGUGGAUCGCCUUUUGCCCCCGUGACGUACAACAACAAGAAGUAUUACCCGGGUCAGGGCAACAACUCGUACAUUUUCCCCGGAGUGGCAUUGGGUGUCUUGUGCGCCGGCAUGCUCACCAUUCCCGAAGAGGUCUUCUUGGUUGCCGCGGAGCGUUUGGCCGAGAUCGUCUCCAAGGAUGACCUGGCCAAGGGCAGCUUGUAUCCACCACUCAACUCCAUUGUCAGCUGCUCGGUGGCCAUCGCCGAAAAGAUCGUUGAGUAUGCCUAUAAGAACGGAUUGGCCACCAUCCGUCCCGAGCCGGCCAAUAAGCUGGCCUUCAUCAAGGCCCAGAUGUACGACCUGGACUAUCAGCGCUCAGUGCCCGCCACCUAUAAGAUGUAGAUCCAGAUGGAGAUCCAUUCCGCCUACCCCGAAAACCAAAAGGAGUGGCCAUCGCAGAUAUUCGGCACGGGCGGCGAGCAGCAACCAUGUUAUUUAUUUUAUAUUGUCGCACAUCUGUCGUCUAGCAUAUAGCUAAAUUUGUAUCGCGCCUAACCAACCACCCACUAUCCACCAACCACUAGCCCCUGUUCGCAGCCCGAUAGAUUAUUAUGAAGAAAAUGGAAAAAAUGGAAUGUCUAUAACCCGCGGCGAAAAAUUUUUUAUGAUGUUGAGUCUAUGUAAAUGGGAUAUUGAUCUACUAGAUAUGUAAACAAAUUUUAUGUUAUCUUGAAAAACACAAACUACUCUAAGAAACUACAAAUAAAAGUAUAAUAAUAUACC